UAUUGUGUUUGAUUUGGUUUGAAAAAGUGUCUAUCGAAAGCCAAAAUGAGUGUGAAAGAUAUAUACUACUCGGAUAAAUAUUAUGACGAUGAAUAUGAGUACAGACACGUAGUGUUGCCAAAGGAUGUAGCGAAAUUGGUACCUAAAACACACCUGAUGACGGAAAACGAAUGGAGAGCGAUCGGUGUCCAACAGUCCCGUGGGUGGGUUCACUACAUGAUCCACCAACCUGAACCCCACAUUCUCCUGUUUCGACGGCCCAUUACCAAGUAA